UGAUAUUUUCAGAAUAUAUCCCUGAUGUGGUCAGCAUCUAAGCAAAUGAUGUCCACCCAUCAGUCAUUUCUCUACUUCCUGCAAUUGAAUCUUCCUGGAGGAGUCAUCAGAUCCUCUCACUCUUGAAGACUGACAAGAAACCCCUGUGGACUCCCUAACUCUAUUGAAGUGUAAAGGAGGGGUCCUUGACACCAAGAUUUUAAAAGCCCCACUUUCAGAAUGAGCUCGGAAAACACAGGUAAAGUUAUAUUUGUUGCAGGUUCUGGAAAGCAGCAGACCAUGAAGGCAAGUAAAGGCUGAAUUUACUUAAGACUUUUUAACUAUUUUACAAAAGGCUUUACAGCUUUUGCCUAUUGUAUGUUUAAUAAGUAUUUUAGAGGAUAUUUAAACAAUAUGCCUUAAAAUAUUAGAAUCAUUUGAUAUUAGUAAAAAAAGUCACUUAUGCGAUUCAUCAUUUGGAUUAAUUAAUGAAUGUAAGUUUCUAAAUGAUUUCUUUAAAAAGAGAACUCUUCUGAAUUUAACUAAAAGGCAGGCUGGGGAAUGGGGAACCCCAUACUGAAUGUUAGAAGAGAACAUAGCACUAAGUAACGGGUUGGAAGUGUCCGGGCGUCAGGAAAGAAAGCACCAGGUCCUCCAGGCACAGAAAUGACUGUCUUCGAUCGAUGGUUUCUUGCAGGGACUCAGAAGUCUGGCGGCAACAACCUUGGCUCUUUUCCUGAUGUUUUCUUUCAUGGGAAAUUCCAGUAGUGCACCCCAGAGACUCUUGGAGAGAAGGAACUGGACUCCUCAAGCUAUGCUUUACCUGAAGGGUGCACAGGGGCGCCGCUUCAUCUCCUCCGACCAGAGUCGGAGGAAGGACCUCUCGGACCGGCCGCCGCAGGAAAGGCGAAGUCCAAAUGGCCUACUUCUAACUCUUCCAGAGGCAGCAGCUCUGCUGUUGGCUUCCUUGCAGAAGCCACAAAAAGCUAGAGAAGAGAACUUUGAUCAAACCAGAUUCCUGGAUGACAGUCUGCUAAACUGGUGAAAAUAUACCAAAUUGCAUCCAGUUACAGUUCUACUCUUGUUGAAGACAUGAACCUUGUGGAUAAAACCUGUGGACCCUUUUUACUUCAUUUGCAGUCUUAGGGAUAUGCACAACUUGCUAGUUUUAUUCUUCUAGAAACAAAAGUUAGAUAGAGCUCUUAGCUGAGGAUAUCAUUACCUUUUUUUUUUUUUAACUCAGGUCCUGUUGAGAUCAUCUUCUGUCUUACUUGUGAAUUUUUGUUCACAUUUACAAUUAUAAGACUGAAGGCUCUUUGUAGAGUUCUUUUUGUUACAACAAAUAGCCAUCUCCAUCUAAUGGUUAUUAGUUGUUGGUUUUCUCAUUCUGUCAGCAGGGAAUCUCCUCUUUUUCCCACCUCCAAGGAUGGUGAGGGGGGAAGUGUGGCAGGAUGAGAAAAAGUAGAAUGUGAUUUGCCUAGCAGUUCAUACAGGAAAAGUAAGCUGUUAUUGCAGGCCUCCACCCCCACACCUGUCAGGAAGCAGCCCUGGGACUGGAAGACUCCAGUGCAGCAGCUGAGAGAGGGCUCUUUGGUGAGGCUGGAGCAGGUUGUGGGUCCCACAGCAUGGAGCUCCCCCUUGUGCUCUCUGGGAUCUCCCUGAACUCAGUUAGAAACAGGGAACUAAAAGUUACUGGCAAAGAAGCAAACGAGACACACUCUAAUCUUCUGUACAUUGUAUGGAAAGAACAAACUGGUUCUGUAGAGGUAACCCAUUUUCCAUGGCUAAACAGACUCAAGGACAGCUUGCUCUAAUUGACUAGAACUCUAGGCUUUAUGUGACAUCAAAACAUUACAUAAAGGCACUCUGGUAAUAUAAGUGCAUGGAAAUAUGACUAAUUUGCUUCUUUCUAAAGUCAUCUUGGGUUCAUUACUAUCUGAAAAAUAUAUACACACACAUAUACCUAUUGUACAACAAGCAUGUAAUAUAUUUAUUUGUAACUACAAUAUAAACGUCAUGUUCAUUGUCUUAAUUGAAAAUUGUUACUGAUAAAUGUCAUAAGCAGAAAGUAUUAUUAACUCUUACUGUCAUCAGUAUAUAGCCAUUAUUCAGAAGCUAAACAAUAUCCUGAUGUGAAUGUCUCUGUAACUUAGAAUUAAAAUUUUACUGUGUUAAGUAAUCAAAACCCUGCUUAUAUGGUUUGUCUGUAUCUUGUUUCAUAGUUGAAUAAUGAAGUUAUAUUCAAGUUAAUAUGACAUUGAUCUCUGCCCCAAAAUAUGCUAGCAUUAAAAAAUCUAUGUGGCAUUA